AUGCUUCAAGCAGACCUUCGUAACCAGGCGAGCUCGAAGCUCCCGCUGAGCAUGAACGUGAAAAUGGGCGACCACGGGAGGGCCAUGCACAUUGUCAACUGCUCCAUCCGUCCCCACCUGAGAGCUGCUCUCACUGCCGGUCGUUCUCUCACAUCCACGCCCGUCUGCUGUAUAUCCUCUCUAUCAAAGCCUUCCUCGCCUCAGAAGUUCGGACACAACGCUCUACGCAGGCCGUUGGGUCCCCGCCUGGCAAGCAUUCUUCAGGUCUCCCGUAAAAACAGCACAUCACACCAGGAGCUCCCGUUACCGGCAGUGCAGACAGAUGGCAUCAACAACAGCCUCCGUUCUACUCCGUCUUUUGACCAAUUCGCCGGGCAGGUCCUCCGGCAGUCGACCAAAACCCCACAGGCUGAGCUCACUCGCGAAGCUGGCUCUGAGGAGGGCUCGUCUAUACGCCCGCCCACUACGAGCCCUGGCCUCCUUUUGCUGAGUCUCUUCAAACGCCUUGUACCGCGCGGUCUUCUGCCCCAGGUCACCACCGAGCCGCCUUCUCCUGUCGGUCAUGAACCAGCUUGGACUGUAACCAUAUCUCUAUGUGAAUUGGGCAUCGACGUAAAAGGUCGUGGCUCAAACAUCCUCUUCGCCGAGGUUGCUGCUGCUAUCGAACUCGACCUCGCGUUGAGCAGCCCUGAGAUUGUUGCUAAGCUGUCGUCUUGUUCACAGACCCGACUCUCGCCCACAGACGCAAAGAACAUAGAACAGAGCUAUUGGCAAUUCGUCCACGCCUCCAGUGGCGCCCUCAAGAGAACUACCACAGAGCUAGACUCGGGUGCUUUUGAGGUCCGCACCUUUGCAGGGAGCACCCAGAUCGGAGAUCCUGUGACGUCGGCUGUCAAGGAAUCCGCCAGAGGCAUCCAAAGUUUGACCCUGGCCCAUGCAAUCAUCAAUGGUCAUCCGGAUUUGUGGCCCGUAAGCCUUGAGAACCCCUUCCAGGCCAGGAUUGUGCUCGAUCACGCACGCUUGGAGAAGCUGCAACAUCUGAUCACGGCAACGAACGACUAUCUCCGCACGGCACCCGGACAUGUGAUCGGCGGGAAAGGGCGCGGCACCUUUUAUAGGCCCACCCAAGAAGGUCCUGAACAAGAUACCGUUAAUGCCCGAGGAGGGUUCGAGGGUGCGCCCCACCGUGAUAUCCCAGAUCUCCAAUCAUGGCUUGCGGCCUUGCCAUUCCCGCCCUUCAGAGCCAAGAUGCUGGUCGCAGGUGCAAGUAUCAGGUGCCUGGAGCAUGCCAUCCUCCUCGCUGCCAUCGAGAAGCAUGCUGUCUAUCGGGGAACGGCCAGUCGUGGUAAAGAGGAUGACGGCUAUAGAAACCCUGCUACCACGAACGUAAUGGAAGGCGAUCAUCCUGGCGUGCUCUUGUUAUUCCAGCGACUCCGUGAUGAAGGAUGGGCCAUAAGGAAGCAAAUGCGGCUCCCCAAGACCGAGGACGGUGCAGAGAAGUCUUCUCAGCUCCACGAUGAUGCACAAGAUCAAGACAUGGAAGACGUGACGCCUGACACGAAUGAUCCAGUAGGUCAUCACGAGGGCUUUCAGGCUUUACCCAACGGCUUCCCCGAGCCCUUGGAAACAUCCUCCACGAACGAGGCAAUGGUCGCUAGGCGAUUCAAUCAUUUCGAUCCUGAUGCGAUAGCCUCAGUCAAUGCUGCUGCCAGAGAAAUCGAGCGUUCUAUGAUCACAGCUGGUCUUGUGGGCUACCCAAAGGAGGCAUCCUACAUCAGCGUCCCCGGGAGUGAGCUUAAGGUACGAGCAGAACCAUACGGCGGCAAUUUGAGCCGGACCACGCACAAAAGGAGCACGCUCCGCCAUCUCCUAGUGUUGGGCUUCCCCGAGAACAUUGCUCAAAUCGGGUACGGCACUCUAGCUCCUGGACAACCACCGCAGCUACGCAUCAAUUCCGAGGAAGUGUAUAUGGACUCGCCGCUCAAAGCCCCCAUGCCUCAAAAGCAACUCCACAAGAACUUGAGGGCUGGUCCCAUGAUGGUUGUCACUGGGGUGACUAGCAAUCCAGAAGGUGGCGGCCUCAGCGCUCGUUAUUGCACCCCUCUCUCCACCUGGGAAGCUGUUCUCUUGGGGAAAGACUUGACCCUUCCCGAUGGCAAGGAGACUCCUGUGGCAGGCGCUGUCCAAGUGCUCGUCAACAACUGGUUUCCGGUUCUAGUCAAGUCAGAGGUUGAGGGGGUCUCGAAUGAGCAAGCCCGGGACACGCUCUUCGAGGCGCGCGAGGCGCUCCACCGCGCGAUCGACAAGGCGAUGUACGACUACGUCAAGUACUCGUGGCACUCUGUUGACUUCUAUGAUUUAUUAAUGGACCUGCCGAAUGAGGACAGUUUUCAAGCCAUGGCGAUGCCCAAGGAAAAGCGGGACGCAAUGAAAAACGAGCCUCGGAGACCACGGCCUAGGGAAUAUCAGCCUCAUCGUCAAGAUCGAAUGAUCAAGGACGUCAACAAGUGA